UAAUCUCUCCAUUCAUGGAGUGGAGAGAGAGAGAGUGAGAGAGCUAUAUGAGCGGCCAUUUAGGCAGCAGGGAGGGACAAGAAGAGGGACUUAAAUAUCAUCAACCAGCACAACUUCUCCGGCAUUUUUCAGUAGUUUACUAGAGCAAAGAGAGAAACUCUGAAACAUAGUCUGUUUUAGAUACUUAGUAUAAACUGACUUGUCGAAAUUAACAUCUGGAAAACAGCAUUUAAUUUGUUAUUACACUGUUAUUAUUUAGAGCUUCGUUAUUUUUUUUCCCCUCACAGUUGAUUUGAAGACGAAGGGAUUUGAUCAAAACACGUGUGCAGCUGUUGAGAAAACACACCGACCAUGAAAUGGCUAGCUCCUUCACUGUUUCAGGCGUUCCGUAGACGAUGGUGGAUGGCCUGCACAGCAACGGUGGAAAAUCUGGGAUUUUCUGCCGUGCUGCUUGGUUGGGGUUCUCUGCUGAUCAUGCUGAAGAACGAGGGCUAUUACUCGCACCUUUGCACAGAAAAUAAGACGGCGGUGGUUAAUGUAAGUACUGAAGCACAUGAGGAUUGGCACAGCUGUGUAGAGCAGGAGGAGAUGCUCAAUCUGGGCUUUACCAUUGGCUCCUUCCUGCUCAGUGCUGCUACGCUGCCACUCGGCAUCCUCAUGGACCGAUACGGGCCCAGACCAGUGCGCCUCGUUGGGAGCGCAUGUUUUGCUCUCUCCUGUGCAAUGAUGUCUGUGUCAGCAUAUCAGCCUGAAGUCCUCUCUGCCCUCAUCUUUCUUGCUCUGUCGUUCAAUGGUUUCGGAGGAAUCUGUUUGACCUUCACGUCUCUCACGCUGCCCAACAUGUUCGGGAGCCUCAGCUCCACCGUGAUGUCACUGGUGAUUGGUUCUUACGCAUCAUCCGCUGUCACCUUCCCCGCAGUUAAGCUGAUAUAUGAUGCUGGAGUGCCGUUCUCUGUGAUCAUGUGGGUUUGGUCUGGUCUUGCCAUCCUGGUCUUUAUCAACUGUUUUCUGAAUUGGCCAGGGGAGUCGUUCCGCACACCCGAGGAGAUAGAAGAGAUGAUGAAGAUGCAAUCAGGUGCUGACUCUCAGAAACACACUCUGACUUCAGUGGAGGAGAAAACACAAGAUCAGCUCGACCACCUGAGUGACAAACCGACCGAUGCAGCGCAUUUUGCAACGCGCACCGUUCCUUUCCGUCGCUCCGUGUUUUCUCCCAUCUUCCUGUGGAGUCUGGUUACCAUGGGGAUGACUCAGCUGCGUGUCAUCUUUUAUAUGGGAGCCAUGAACAAAUUGCUGGAGUAUUUGGUCACACAUGGAGACCCUCACCCUACUGAGGAACUGGAACGUGAAGCUGAAGAACAAGUGGCCUUUUAUUCAUCGUUGUUCGGCACGCUGCAGCUCCUGUGCCUGGUCACGUGCCCUCUGAUCGGCUACAUCAUGGACUGGAAGAUGAAGGAGUGUGAGGAGGAGCAGAGUCCAACAAAGGAAGAGAAAAGUUCUGCCUCCAAACCGAAGCGUGACAGAAAGAUCCAGAAACUGACUAAUGCCAUGAGAGCCUUCACUUUUACCAACGUGCUGCUCGUCCUGUUUGGCAUUAUAUCGCUCAUUGACAACCUGCCACUUCAGAUCUUGACGUUUAUCUUGCAUACCAUGGUCCGAGGUUUCUUCCAUUCCUGCUGUGGAGGACUGUACGCUGCUGUCUAUCCAUCGAACCACUUUGGCACUCUGACUGGACUGCAGUCUACGGUCAGCGCUGUGGUUGCCUUGUUGCAGCAGCCGCUCUUCAUCGCGAUGUUGGGACCACUAAAGGGAAAUGGCUACUGGAUCAACGUCGGCCUGCUGAUCUUUUCAUUGGCCGGCUUUCUGUUGCCGGGAUACCUGUUCUACCACCGCCGACACCUGGUACGAGAGAAGGCAUCACGGGACAAGGCUGCUUUGGAAAAUCAGGCUCUCAACCAAUUAGAAGCCAACGGCAUUAACGGACACGCGCCUCAGGAGGCCUGAACAAUCACAGGAAUGUUAAUGCUUUUUUCUUUCAGCCUAGAAAGUCCAGACUCAGCAUAAACAUGGCGUGUCAGAUUAGUGUUAGUCGUUAUUGGCUCCGUAUGUUGGUGCUGAAUGUUUCAUUAAAGCCAUAAACUUUCAUAUAAGGACUUCAGAGCUUUAAGGCCCGGUCUGACAAUACCGAUAACUAUCACUACAACAGCCCUGUGAUGACCUGGCGACUUGUCCAGGGUGUACCCCGCCUUUCGCCCAUAGUCAGCUGGGAUAGGCUCCAGCUUGCCUGCGACCCUGUAGAACAGGAUAAAGCGGCUAGAGAUAAUGAGAUGAGAUGAGAUCACUACAACAAGUUAUGUGCUUGGUGCUCACACCAGACCGAUAACGAUCCCUAUAGCCCAGGCCUGGGUUUAUCCGUACCAGUGAGAUUGCUUCUGGAGCCAUUUUUCCAGGCCUGGACCUGAUCCGAUAAAACAUCUGAUCGAUCAGGUAAUUGUUUACAUGUGACGUUUUCUGAGCACAUGCUGUUUUCCCUGGGCAUCUUUAUACAUCCUUGUUGCCUCAUGAAGUCACGGAAUACGGAUUCACGGAAAGUAAAAAAAAAAAAAUCUAACACAAAGCACAGAUCUUUUAUUCACGGAUAUGUGAAUAGUAAAUUGAUAACAUAAACAUAUAAAUGCAGGUGAGAUAUUUUAAUUAUGAACUUCCAGACUUCUUAAUUUUUUAUCCGUGAUGAAAUCCGUAUCCAAUCUGUAAUAUACUGAAGCGUCCGUGACCGAUCCGUAAAUUAUUAGCAUCCGUGUUAAAAUCCGUAACUACUCCGUAUUAUGUAUCCUUUUUAUCCCUUGCCACAAAGUGCACAGGGCGAUACAGAAAUGGAGUCUGUCCGUUUCAAUCCGAAUAGUAAUAUGAGCGUGCAAGGUUUCACUGAUGUAGCUUAUAUAGUUUCGGAGAAAACUUGUGAAGUGUGCAGGGGGAUAUCGGAGUAGAGACUGUCCGUCCGUCCUUCCGUUUCAACCCGGACAAGUUUUCUCAGAAGCUACAUCCAUGAAACUUCGCGUGCUCAUAUUCCCGUUCAUGAUCGAAGUUGAGUUCGAAAAUCAUUUCCGAUCAAUUAUUAUUUUCAGAGUUAUGGCCCUUGAUUUAUGUUAUUGGAGUUGGUAGAAGUGGACUCAACCUGAACAGGUUUUCUCAGAAACUACGUCAAUGAAACUUUGCACACUCAUACUACUGAAAAAAGCUGGGUAGCGUUUUAUGAACGUGUCCUAGCACUUACAACAUCAUAAGUCAGUAUUAAAGCAAUGGGCUUAUAAGGGCGUAAGUGUUAAGAGGUCUUCAUAAAAUGCUCGUGGUGGAGGAUAGCGAUGACCAGGUUUUCUCGUUUUAUUAUAUUUCCGUAGUCUGUGACCUCUCCGUGUUAUAGUGUGCGCAUGGGUUGUUUUGAAGUCCGAGCUGGACAGUAUGAUCCGGAAUAAUAUCCUACUACAUGGAAAAAACUUCCAUGACUAUUCCUAAGUUGCAUGUAUUUAUUUCCCUGAGUGUCAGGACCAAGCGAUAUUAUAGUUGUGGUGUUUCUGCUCCAGACUGGAACUAAAUUCAGGCAGAGGUGGAGUUAUAGUUAUCAGUGGUGUAGGAUCGGGCCCUUACACGGUUUUUGAACAACGGUUAGUCAUCAUGCAAUACUUAAAAAAAAAACAACCUUGUAUUUAUUCUGUUGCUUGAAAGUUAGCAGCUGAAAGCCCCCAUGAAGACCCCCUACUUCACUUGACUGUAGACAAGCUACCUCAGCCAAUCGUCGCCUCUGUCACACCGAGCCAUAGGCCACUUGGUCAGUUUGUCUGUGUUGUGAUUCACCAAAGAGUGAGUGCGUGCGUGCGUGUGUGUGUGUGUGUAUAUGUGUGUGUACUGUAGAUACACAACAUAUUGUCAUCAAUUAUAUUGUCUUUAUGUAUUGAAAAUGAAUUGAUUAAAAGAAAAAAAUUAACGCUAUCAUUUCAAACACCAAAGACAGUAUAAGGAAUCUCAAAUAUAUUUUCACAGAUUUGCUUAAAAUGUGACGCACAUACCCUGAUAUAUUUUCACUCUCAUUUAGAAUGCCCAUGAAUGGAAAUAAUAAAACUUGUGCUUUUAUUUCUGUAGCUAUUGGAAGGGAAUUUUUUUUUUUUUUUGCAUAUGCUUUGCUACUACUGUAUCAUUUUAUGCUUAAUAUUUUAGUGCUGCAAUGCAAUGGCGAUAUUCAUACUUUGUUUUAACUUUCGCUUGUUCGUAAACCUUGUAUGAUAUCAGCAACGGACAAUUCAAAGUGACAUGUCACAUGAAGACGUUACCCUUUUCAGAGCACUUUUGUUGUUACAGCCAACUUUCACUUUGCUACAGUGUUUGUGUGGAAAACGUGCCUUAUAAAAUCAUCUGCUUGUACGUCUCUGAAUGUACAGAACGGUUCAUGGAUGCAAAGCUUUUUUAGACUCAUUGUGGCGGUUGCUUAGCCAUGGGAAGGGGGAUAUACUGUAAGUGUAGUUUUUAAGAAAUGUGAGGAAAAUUUCCAAAUAAAAAAAAGUGUUUCCCCA